AUGAAAAAUAAUGAUCUUGCCAAAUAUAGUCAGUGGUUAAGAAAAAAAGAUUUAGCCACCAAUACCAUUAAUAAUUAUUCCCGGGCCGCUCGUCUUUAUGGUGAAAAACCCUUAACUACUUCUAAUUUAAGGGAAUACGUUAGAAAUAAUUUAACCAAAUAUGAACCUAGUUCGCUUUAUACUGGAAUAAAAGCACUUACUAUUUAUGGCCGUUAUCAAAAAGUCAAGCAAAAAUAUUUUCCUAUUCUAACUGAACUAGAAUUAGAACAGUUGAAAAGAGCCCGAUUUGAAGAAAAUAAUUGA